UGGAAAAAAUGGAUUGAUUCGCAAUGGCGACUUUGUCGGUUUUCCAGUGAAAUGUGAUAAUUAAUCGCGUAUUAUUCGGUUUUACUCUAAUGUAAAUAAUUGAAUAUUCAAAAAUUCAAAAGUCGGAUAUCCAAUUUUUCAGAAGACUUCCUGGGAGUUCACGAUGCCUCCCUCAACAAAAUCGGAAAAGGCAAAACAGAAACCGAAAACACAGCUGUAUUGUGCUGUCUGUAUGACUGUAUUCGGUAGCCGACAAUCGAUGCGAAAACAUAUCCUGAAAAAGAACCAUACUAUCACAACCUGUUCAUCGUUACCAGAUUUUCUAAAGAAUGUGUUACCUCCUGAGAAAACACUUGCUUCUAAAGUGCAGCAAGUGAAUGAUGGAUUUACCGCAGAAAUCUAUUUACCCACUAUUGUUACCAGAGAACUUCUUCACCGAUGGGUGGAUACUUUUAUGAAAAUUAAUAGUUGUACUUACGUGCGUUCCAGGGCUUCUAAAAAUGCUACAACUUCUAUAAUUAUUCAAGAACAUUAUCAAUGCGAACACCAUACUUCUCCUAAUCCUGUUAAGAGAAAGAAAAAAUCCAAGGGAACAAAUUGUCGAAGCACUUUGUAUGCUGUGUUGAAGAAGAGUAUUCAAAAUAUUACCUGGAUCCAUAUAAAUUUCGUUCACAAUCACUCGUUAACCUCGCCAGAGCUUUUACGUUUCAAGAAACCUACCGAAGAUAUUCGACAAAUAUUUAUAAAAAUGUUUGAAGACGGAGCAACUCCUGCUGACGCUUUAAGAUAUUUUGAAAUCCACGUUCGAACUCAAUUGAGUGAAAAAGAAUACAAAUUAUAUUCUGUCGACCGAAGCAAAGUUCCUGAUUAUGACUGGGUGAGGCAUUUCUUCCAUAAAACGGUUAAAAAACAGUAUAUCUCGACAAGAACACCGGAGUAUUUAAAAUCAGUUCAAGAAACAGUCGAAUCCAUCCAAACACCGGGUGUACUUUGCCAUUUUACGGAACUGGAUAACUAUAGUUUUUUCGUCAUAAUCAUUAGCCCACUGAUGAAACGAGUUUUACAAACCAAACAAGCUGGAGAUUUUAUUUUCACCGAUAGCUGCGGCAGUGCGGAUAAAUUCGGUCUCAAAGUGGUAUUUUUAUUUACUACGAUUUACUCGACUGAAGCUCCGGUCGGCGUAAUAAUAAUAUCUCAAGAUACUACUUGGGCUCUUAUCCCAGCUUUCAAAGCAUUCCUUGAUUUAAUUGAUACCGAUGCUUUCGAUGGAAGAGGCGCGAAAGGGCCGAGCAUCAUAAUGAUCGAUGACAAUCUAGUGGAAAUAUCCGUCGUUCGAUCAGUAUUUACUUCGUCUAGUGAUUUCUUCAGCGUAUCUCAUUUUCUUCGCUCGUGCUAUCGAUGGCUUAUGAAACCAAAGAAUAAAGUCAAUCUGUCCGAUCGAAAAACCAUCUACUCUUCAGUCAGACAAAUGGUUUACGCUGUCGAUGAAAGAACAUUUAGUAAUUUAUUCGCCAACUUUACACAAAAUCACGACAGUAAUAUUGCCGUAAAGAGAUUCGCUAGACAAAUAUUUGAGAAACGAAAGAAAUGGGCUCGAUGUUUCCGCACCGAAGAGGUAUUGAAGUACGAUACCAACUACAUCGUAGAUUUCGAAUUACGAGUUUUGAAAGAACAAAUUUUUGCUAAAAUUAAAACGCAAUCUGCUUCCCAGCUAAUUAACUAUAUAAUCAACGAGUUUAACGAUUUUUACGAACAAAAAUUUUUAGACUGUUGUUUAGGUAAUAUUCGAUUUUUCAAAACCAAAGAACUUACUGAAGAUGAUCUGAACAAUUACGUACUUAUACAAGUUUCUGAUAGUCUUUUUGUGGUUUAUAGUAGAAAUAAAAAUGUCAAGUACGCUGUUAAUAGCGAUAUCGGCGUUUGUACGUGUUACAUUGGAGUCUGCGGCACUUUCUGUAAACAUCAACAAUUGCUCGCUAAAAGUAAAACAGCAUUCUAUGUUCCAAUGCAGUACCCUACUGAUGAUGAAUCUAGAAGUAUUUCCUAUUAUAUUUCUGCUGGAAAUCUAAAUAUUCCUGAGAAUUUUUCUACUGGUACCAUCAGUGAAGCUGUGAUUGACGAUAUGGUUGAAGAAGUAACCGAAGAAAUAAUCGAAGAGUUUCCUUAUUCCGAAAUUAUUGAAGAACAUGUUUGUGAUACAGAAAUAAACGAUCAACUGAUGCAAUUAGAUGCGCAUAAAAAAGAUAUUUGCCAAGAAGUAGUGUCGCAAGGUACUUUUUACUUGGAAGCUUUAACGAAUAUUAAUCAGCAAUUGAAUUUAGUCAAAGAUUCCUCCUCCAUGUUAUUACAAGUGAUUUCUAGUUUUAAUGAAGACGAAGAAAUUUGAUGUUUUCUUUCUUUAUCGUGAAACUUACAACUCUUUUCUUUUUUAAAUUACGUGCUCCUGUGAUUCAACAUUUUUAAAAAUAAAUAAACAAUAAGUUACAAAUAAACGA